AUGGUUUUGCCAAUGAACACUGGAGCUGAAGCAGUAGAGACAGGAAUCAAACUUGCCCGUAAAUGGGGAUAUGUUAAGAAAGGUAUCCCAGAAAAUAAGGCAAUGGUCAUAUCUUGCACAAACAACUUUCAUGGAAGGACAAUUAGUGUCAUCUCCAUGUCAACUGAUCCUGAUUCACGUCGAGAAUUUGGUCCUUUUAUGCCACUUGUUGGUCCUAUUUGUCCAGCAACUGGUAAAAAAAUUGAAUAUAAUUCAGUUAAAAAUUUAGAAGAUGCAUUGGAAGCACAUGGUAAACAUAUAGCUGGAUUUUUGGUGGAGCCAAUUCAAGAUGAGGGCUAUUUGAAAAAAUGUUAUGACCUUUGUAAAAAACAUAAUGUUUUAUUUAUUGGAGAUGAAAUUCAAACAGGAUUAGCCCGUACAGGCAAAAUGAUUUGUUGUGAACAUGAGGGAAUACAACCAGACAUAUUAUUAUUGGGUAAAGCACUGUCUGGAGGAGUUUAUCCGGUAUCAGCUGUUUUGGCUAAUAAAGAAAUUAUGUUGUGUAUUAAACCUGGUGAACAUGGAUCAACAUAUGGUGGUAAUCCAUUAGGGUGUGCAACAGCAAUAGCAGCACUUGAAGUGAUUAAAGAAGAAAAUCAUGUGGAAAAAUCAGCUGUAUUGGGAGAGAAAUUCCGUAAAGCUUUGCAAGGUAUCAAUUCACCAUUGAUUGAAAAAGUGAGAGGGAAGGGUUUAUUGAAUGCAAUAGUGAUUAAUGAGAAGACUGAUAAAAGUGCAUGGCAAAUAUGUUUAUUACUUAAGUCACGAGGUUUAUUGGCUAAACCAACUCAUCGUAAUAUUAUUCGAUUGGCACCACCAUUAUGUAUCAGCUCUGAGGAGUUGAUGACUGGUGUUAAGAUUAUUGAAAAUGCAUUGAAAGAUAUUGUGGAAAUGGAUGUUGCGGAAAUCCCUGGUUAUUUGGAUGAUUUGAAAUUAAGCAAUGCUCAUUAA